GACCACAUCCAGGAGGUGCUGAACAAGUGGGAGCACAUUGAUGAUGAGAUCUGGGCAAAGGUGAUUGUGAUGGAAAGGAACAAGAGGGUGGCCAAGGCUUAUGCCAGAGCACCUGUGUUGACAGUCAAUGGAUCUGAUGAUGGCUUUGAUGGCUACAGGAUUGGUCUCAGAGGCUUUGAUUCAGGCUUGAGGGACCAGGAGGCAGAAGAAAUCAGGAGGCUGGUUGGCCAUGGAGUCAAGUUCAAGAUGGAUGCCUCUGGGAACAUCUUGGUGAAGAGAGUGUCUCGCAGUCCAGUCCUGGUCAUGAAUGCUGCUCUUGAUGAAACUGCAGCCUCAUCAGAAAUCAUGAAACUGGCCAGGGGUGCCCUUCCCUUUGACAAGCCAGAAACGCUCUUUGAUGUCCGCAAAUUUCGUCAGAAUGUGGAGCGUGAGUUGAAGAGGGCAUAUCCAGACAGAAGGAAGUUGGAGAACCAGUGUGUGUCUGCCAUCAGUUUUGUGCAUGGUGCAGCGGGGAACUUGUUGGCUUGCCCUGUGUGGGUUCUUCUCAUCAACAUGGUUGCCAUGGACAUGCUCAAGGCAAAACUGCCACCCAUGAGU